AUAAAUUGAAUUUUUUUUUUCUUUAAAUUUAUCGAAAUUUACCGAAAUUUACUUCGAGAAAAAACUUCAGUAUGAAUUUUAAACUAGAAGAUCUUUAUAAAUUGAAAUCUGACGGAACUUUUUUGUUUAGGGAUAUUUCGUUUUCUCUGAAAAAAGGUGAUAUCCUAACCAUUUCUGGGCCAAGUGGUGUUGGGAAGACAACAUUACUAAAAUGUAUUGCGCAAUUGACCUUAUAUGAGGGAGGUAGCAUUUAUUUGAAUGAUAGGACUCCGGAAGAAUACGGGAUUCCCGUUUGGAGAACUCGUGUUAUGUAUGUUCCACAGAGAACUCCCAUAAUGCCAGGUACUCCGAUGGAAUUUUAUAACAAAAUGUCAGAUUUUGGCGCGCAAAGAACGAUUUAUCACAAUGAUCCUAUCGAAAUUUCUCAAAGAUGGGGUAUCAGUGAAGAAUUGUGGGACAAACCAUGGAAUCAUUUAUCAGGAGGGGAGAUUCAACGUGUUUCGCUAGCAAUCGCUAUAUCUUGUAAUCCAGACGUACUACUCCUUGAUGAACCUACCUCUGCUCUUGAUCCAAAUACUACUUUAUUAGUUGAAGAAACGCUUAAAGAACACACUUGUAUAAUAGUGACACAUAGCCCAGAACAAGAAACCCGUAUCUCAACAAAAACUUAUAAAUUGAAUCAUUAUUAUGAAAAUCGACAUGCGUUAGUGCUAAUAGAUUAACACUCAUGUAUGCUUAAAAGAAAAAAGAUAAUAAACAGAUAUUCUAAAGUUAUAGGCCUUUUCCAUUCAUCAAGAACUUGGAAAGAAAGUUAAUUUACCGAAAUAUAUAUAUAUAUAUAUAGUGAAAUUUAUCAGUUUAUCAACCAAUUCCUGAUGGUCAAAUGAUAUUUGUCAUCAUUUAUUUUAGAAUUAUUUUUUUUAUAAUAAAAUUGUGAUCAUUUACAUUUAAAUUAAAUUUAAAUCCAUUUUAAGUUCUAUGAAGCAAUCAAUAUUUUGGAGAAAUUAAAAAUAAUUUAUAAUGUACCGGUUUUUAACGAAUCCCUGCAAUAUUUUCAUACAAACUAAACGCGCUGAUUACAUGCAUUCUUCAAUAAAUA